ACCAGCGGAAUACAAAAGGUAAACAAAUAAGACUCCAAACUGAACACAAUAGUUGAACGGAAGAUUAACAUAAAAACAACAGGCCUGGAUCACCAAAGUCAAGUCGUAGGCCAAAGAAAAUACUGGAUAUCUGAUGAGCUCUACGAAGAACUCAGAGAAUCGAGGCCAGAAGCAGAAGGCAGCGGCAAUAGCGAGCUACCAAAAGUGAAAGUUUGCAAGUUGAAUGAAAAUGAUGAAAAUUGUACUGAUCAGUGGCAAGCGAAAGUGCGGCAAGGAUUACGUAUCCGAAAGGUUAAAGCAGAGAUUAGGUUCCCGAUCGCGGAUCGUUCGAAUCUCAGAGCCCAUUAAGUCGGAGUGGGCCCGUAAACUGCAGCUGGACCUGACUGCCCUGCUCAGCGAUGGUCCCUAUAAGGAGAAGUAUCGCCGCGACAUGAUCGUGUGGAGUGAUGAGGUAAGGGCACAGGAUUACGGCUACUUCUGCCGCGUUGCCAUGGAGGAAGCUUUGGCUCACCAUCAGACGCCCUACAUCCUGGUCAGCGACGUGAGGCGCAAAAACGACAUUAAAUGGUUUCGAGAAACUUACGGCUCGGAAAGAGUCGUUACCCUGCGACUUACAUCUCGUCCGGAAACACGAUGUGCACGAGGUUGGACUUUCACCACUGGCAUCGAUGACGUUCCAUCGGAGUGUGAUUUGGAUGAUAUGCCAGAUGGCUUUGAUUUUGUGCUGGCCAAUGAUGAGGAACUGGACCAGGAGGCCAUUGACACUCUGCUAGACAAGCUUCAACUACAGUAUCAGUAAAGCUUUACCUUAUUACUCCAAUCAAGGCUUUUGAACAAAUGUAUUUUUGAUAUAUGUAUGUAUCAUGUAUUCAUGGUCCCUUUGAAACCGAAAGAGGAUCCUCACAAAAAAUAUUUCACAAUACAAUUAUUGAAAUUAAGUUUGUACUCAAUAUAUUUCCUUUAAAAUACUCUUAGUACUAAAAGGAGCUUAUGUGACGGUUUUAUUAAAAUGUUAAGUUUAAAUCUUGUAUUUUUCCAUGGUUAUACAAUUUUUUAAAUAUGUAGAUAGGAUACCUCAAGAAACGACGAUCAAAUCGAGUUUCUCGCCUUUGAAGGGUAGAAAUCUAUUCCCAUGAAAAAUUAAAGCACUAACAUCGAACUAGUUUUCUUGUUAUUUUUAAGAAUCAUUUCCUAUACAUAACGAAAGAACCUUUAUUAACCCAAAUAUUUUUACCCGAAAUAUUUAAAAGCAAACUAAUAAAAUGUUUUAUUAAAAU